AUGGCGGACGUCGAUGAAGACGCCUUCACGCCCUCCGCGCCGGGGGGAGGCGAAGACCAGGAUCUCGGGGACGAAGUCCAGGACUUUCGCUUUCUAGCCAGCAUAUCACGCGAAGAUGCCUCAAUCCCCAAGCGCGGAGACAAAGACUUCGAGCCGCAUGGCACAGCGCUGCAAUCCAACAUCCUCACCGCGUCAAGGCAGGCGAUGCACAACGCGCUGUCGUAUCAGCGCAUGCACCAGCCGAAGAAUCACGUCGUCGCGCACUACCAUCCCGAGACGAAUAUGGCGUAUGUGCCUAACCCAAAGGGCAUCCACUUUACGAAAGUCGGCUCCGUUCUAUCCGCCAAGCACGAUCCACUGGGUGAUGAUGAGCGGCGGGGACAGCGCCUCUGGUUGCUGCCGGAGGAGACCUUACUCCUGCUUGAACGGGGAGUGUUGGAUGUGCGGUGGCCUGUGGAUUUGGACGAUGAAGGAGACGAAGGUCUCCCGAUGAGUCUGCAGGGCGCGUACGCAAUGUUCAUCGGCGAUGGCGAGACUGACACGAGCUCACUCACGCUGGAGCGAUACUUGGUGUACUCCAACCUCAAGCGGACGGGCUAUACGGUGCAGCGCGCAGCGAGCUGGAACUCGAACGGUCCGCCUCUGGGACCAGAAUGCUUUGCGCCCCGAUCAGGACGAACGUGGGACGUGGGACUACUGGAAACAGCACGAUGGUGGUACCUCCUCCUGAGCGCAAAGGAAGAGACCGCACCCGCAGAGCAACGGGUGGGCCCACUCGUACCCAACAGAUUAUAUCGCGGCUAUCCUGAGAUCUACCGACGGCUGGCGCUCAUCAACUACUACAACCCCACCCGCCAGCAUAUCCAGGACCCCGAGUUCUCCCUCUACCCCCAGCUUCCGCGCACCGAAGACUUGCGCGUCACCUACAACAUCUGGAAACCCAACUCGCCCACCUUCAAAAAGUCCGCGCCCGGCCCUCCCGAUUUCCGGAUAGCGGUGGUGAAUGCGCGCGAAGUGGACAUUCCUUCCUUAGAGCAGCUGGAUGCACUUCUGGAGACGACGCCGUACGAUCCUCCCAAAGAUACUGCACAGCUGUAUCAGAAGUUGAAGUAUGGGUACAAGAAUGUUAUUCUGGCCAUCGUGGAUCAAGGCAUUGUGAGCUAUCUUCGCUUCGGGGACGCCGCUUUCGGUCUGGAGCACUUGUACGAGCGUCAACGCGGCGGACCAGGUGGCAAACGUGGUCGUGGCGGUGGACGUGGCAGGGGCGGGAGGGGCGGAAGAGGCGGACGGUGA